UAUAGAUAAAUUAAAUAUGUGGAAAAUUUUUCUUUCUCUAGUUUAAAAGUUUGCUACGAGAACAUCUCAAGCUGGAAUAAAGUUAAUACAUGUACUAGUUAGGCCUAGAACAAAAAUGCUUUGUUUCCUAUUACAUGCAGAAAAAAUCGGGUAGAGCAUUGAGUAAGAAGACCAUGAAACGUUUCUUAACGAAGAAGAAGGAAAGUGGAGGAGACGAAGCCAAGAAGUUGAGCAAGUUGUUCAUGCACUUCUCUGAAAAGCCCGGAACAAGUAGUUCGACACGUUCCAUGGAGUCGCCUGUACCAGCUACAAGUUUGUUAGAAUCCGAAGGUGGAUCAAGUACAAAUGCGUCACAAGCCAAGGAGAAAGUCAAGACAGAUAAAUCCGAGAUUAAGAGUGAGGCUGCCAGAGAGAAUGUGGAUAUGACAGGAGGAGAACACGGUGGUAGUGGUGAUGUUGAGUUUAUUGACGAGAUUUUAUCUGACGAGAUUGAACCUUACAACACCGAACCUAGUGAAUUGAAUGGUGUCAAAGAGCUUCAAACUGCCAUACCAGAAGUGAUUGAACAGCAUGACAUUGGACUUCUGAAGUUUGAAAAGGAUACUAGAAAAGCAAUUCUGCCUGACAUGUUGAGAACAGAAAUGAUAAAGCUGGGUUUGAAGUAUUUCCAGAACAGUGAGGGGCCUUUCUUACCAACAAAUAACUACUCAAUGAACAAAACUUGGUUCAAGAGGAAAUUGGGAAAUGGUCAUGGUGAGGAAGUGACUUGCUCAUGGCUGGUCUAUUCCCCUUCUAAAAAGUCUGCAUUUUGUAUCUGUUGUCUUCUCUAUUCCCAGUCAGGCCAUCAAUCCUCAUUGGAGCAGGAAAGUGGAUUCAACCAGUGGAAAGCACAUGAAAGGAUUAGUGUUCAUGAAAAUGCUAAGAAUCACGGAAGUGCUUCACACAGUGGAAAUAAAUGAAAAGAAAUUUAGCUGAAAACAGAGGAGUUAUUGAUGCAGAACUUCAGUCACAGAUUGAGAAGGAAAAGCAGAAUUGGCAUAAUAUCUUGACGAGAAUCAUUCACUGCAUAAAAUGCCUUGCGACUCAGAACCUGGCUUUGCAAGGACACAGGGAGUCACUUCAGCUAAACGAUGACUCCAAUGUGGGAAAUUUCCUUGGCUUACUGAAACUACUGGCCAUCUUUGACCCUGUCAUGAAAGAACAACUCACUUGUGUAGAAAGUCAUCCUGGAUCCACGUCUUAUCUUUCACUCGGUGUCCAGAACGAAUUCGUCUACAUGAUAGCAUCCACUGUUUGCCAGAGUUUACUGAGAAGCAUUCGUAAAGCCAAGUACUAUGGUCUCAUGUUCGACUCGACUCCUGAUCAAGCACACCAUGAGCAGAUGUCAGAAGUAGUGAGGUACGUGUAGCUGAUUUUGAGACAAAAACAGUCCGUGUUAGAGAGAACUUCCUUGGUUUUAUCCAGAUAAGACAAAAGGAUGCUGAGAGCUUGGUUGAAGACAUCUUGAAACAAGUAAAGAAGGAAGAAAUGGAGCUACAAGAUUGUCGGUCACAGUGCUAUGACAACACUGCUGUGAUGGCUGGACACAGAAGUGGUGUUCAUCAAAGAAUAAGUGAGAAAAACAACCUGGCAGUGUUUGUGAAUUGCAACAAUCACUCACUCAACUUGGUGGGUGUACAUGCAGCCAAGCAGGAUACAACGAUGGUCACGUUUUUUGGAAUCAUCAAAGCUCUCUACGUGUUCUUCUCUCGUUCAACACAAUGCUGGGAAAAACUCAAAAACUCCGUGCAUGUAGUUGUUAAGUCACAGUCCAAAACCAGGUGGAGUGCAAGGACAGAAGCAGUGAAGCCAGUCAACAAGUACCUUGAGGAGAUACUUCAAGUUCUUCAGGACAUGAUAGACAUUGAAAACGAGACCAGUCAAACAAGAAGUGACACAAGGCAGCUGUAUAACUGCAUGUUGAGUUACGAUUUUUUUACUUUGCUAGGAUUUUGGAACAAAGUACUCAUUCGCAUUGACUGUAUUCAAAAGAUACUACAGGAUCUUAGCAUAAAGUUCCACGAUGCUGCCCUGGAUUUGAAAGCCCUCAGAGAUAAUUUUGAUGAUGAAAGAGAAGUGUUGUUCAAUGAAUCACUCGAAGAAGCACUCAGUCUCUGUCAAGAAUGAAAUAUUGAAGUUGAAAGACGUCAGAAACGAAAGAAACGAAUGGCUGAUGAGAACUCUCGAGACGCUGGGUUAACAGCCAAGUAGGAAAUGGAGUGGAAAAGAGUCAUGAAGGGAACACUCGACUGUCUUCACAGAGAAAUGGACGAAAGGUUCACUCGUUUAUACGACACCGAUGCCAAGUUUGGAUUUCUUCUCGAUGUCGAGGGACUGUGUUAUGGCAGUGACAUUAACGACAAAAAGAAGAAGUGCGAACAUUUGGGCGAAUUGAACAGCUCUGAUGUUGAUGGACAGCAGCUAUAUGAAGAAAUUUGGAUUUCAGAAUGUUGCUAUCAAGUUGGGCCAACAUGAAAAUAUCAAGAUCUGAAGAGCUUCUCAAAUUUAUUGUUCAGUACGGAGAUGAGGGCAUCUUCUCCAAUCUUCGCAUUGCUAUUCAGAUAAUGC